AUGGCGUCUUGCCUUGGCGGCCAUUUUGGAAGCCAGGACUAUGUGCCGGUCGCUGAGUUUUACGCGGACAAAUCGGUUUUUGUCACUGGUGGUACGGGUUUCAUGGGAAAGGUGCUAGUUGAAAAAUUGCUGCGGAGUUGUCCAAAAAUCAAGAAAAUCUAUUUACUCAUGAGGCCGAAGAGGGGUCAGGAUGUCGCGUCACGUCUUACUGAACUCACACAAUCACCUUUAUUCGAGACACUAAGGAAAGAACGGCCUCAAGAACUGAACAAGAUCGUACCAAUAGUGGGUGAUAUCACAGAACCAGAGUUAGGCAUCAGUCCAGCGGACCAAGCGAUGUUAUGUCAGAAGGUGUCAGUGGUGUUCCAUUCGGCGGCGACGGUAAAGUUUGACGAAAAGCUAAAACUGUCGGUGACUAUCAACAUGCUGGGAACCCAGCAGUUAGUCCAGUUGUGUCAUCGUAUGCUUGGACUAGAGGCCCUAGUCCACGUGUCGACUGCGUAUUGCAACUGCGAGAGGGAGAGAGUCGAAGAGACGGUGUACGCUCCGCCCGCGCACCCGGAGCACGUCGUCACGCUGGUGCAGACGCUGCCCGACGACCUCGUGGAUAGGAUCACACCGGACUUAGUAGGGGACAGACCAAACACGUACACUUUCACGAAGGCGUUAGCUGAGGAUAUGCUGAUAAAGGAAUGUGGCAACCUUCCCGUCGCGAUCGUCAGACCGUCAAUCGUACUGUCGUCUCUCCGGGAACCGGUCAAAGGCUGGGUGGACAAUUGGAACGGUCCCAAUGGCAUCAUAGCCGCUGUCGGCAAGGGUAUUUUUCGUACUAUGCUUGGAAAUGGAGAACGGGUCGCGGAUUUGGUGCCAGUCGAUACCGUCAUUAAUUUGAUGAUCGUAUGCGCUUGGCGGACUCAUUUAAGACGAGGCGAUGGUGUGGUUGUCUACAACUGCUGCACGGGUCAGCAGAAUCCCAUCACGUGGCAGCGCUUCGUCAAAACUAGUUUCAAGUAUAUGAGAAAACAUCCCUUCAGCUCGGUGGUGUGGUACCCGGGCGGCGACAUCACCGCCAGCCGCGCGGCGCACGGGGCGCGCGCGCUGCUGCAGCACCGCGCGCCCGCCGCGCUCGCCGACCUGGCGGCGCGCGCGGCCGGCGCCCAGCCCGUGAUGAUGCGUGUUCAAAACAAGUUGGAGAAAGCUUCAGCGUGUCUAGAAUACUUCACGACCCGUCAAUGGGCCUUCGCAGAUGACAACGUGAAGGCCCUUUGUUCUGCUCUUUCCCCCGAGGACCAGAACACCUUCGACUUUGACGUCACUAAUAUAGACUGGGACGCUUACAUUGAGUCCUACGUCUUAGGAAUAAGAAGGUUCCUCUUCAAAGAGAGUCCAGAUACACUACCUAAGUCAAGAAAAACACUACGUCGGUUACACAUAGUGCACAUUCUGACUCAAGUGGCCGCCGUGUUUUUCCUGUGGAGAUUUUUGUUCAGCCGUUCCAACGCACUUCGAAGUAUUUGGCGCCGAAUCCUUGACUUUCUAACGCGAGCCGCAAGACUUCUGGCCAUCGCUUGA